AUGACUUUUCAAUUUCUAGACAAGGCUCCCGAAGAGUCGUACGGACCCCCAACACGCCGCUUUCCGCUGCGAAAACCAGAGAAUCACCAGCCUCUUGUACAGCGGUGGUCCUUUUUGCUACCUGAAAAGGAGCCUAAUAUGUUUGUCGUUUUCGUUGGAGCUCAAGCGAGAACAGAAGAGGGACUAAAUCGACAUUCACUUGUCAAGUGGGUGGAAACCUAUUUACGUCUUCAUAAGAGCGGACCAGCCUGCGUUGAUUUCUCGAAGAGACAAGUCAAACCAGAACUAUUUGAGUGGGUAGUAGCGUCCUAUUGGAUCUCCACCGAGAGGUUUCGGGGCUGGCGUGAUGAUGAACUCGUUGAACAAUGGUGGCACGAGUCAGAGCGGUUAGAUAGCGAUGAGGGGUGCUGGAGAGAGAUUUUAACGGUCCCAAGAGAUCGGCAGGAGAGUAUAUACUGGAAAGAUUACCCGGCAGGGUUGAUGGCCAGCGAAGCGGUUCAGAUUUUCCCUACUCCGUUUUGUGGAUACUAUGGCGCCAUGAGAGACAGGUUGCCGGCUGCCGCAAAUGACGCACUUGAGUCGCCUUUGAAAGAGGAACUGGUUCCAAAAAACUGCCAGGCUACUCAGAGGGGCCACUGGAAAGUAACCGCACCUCACAACCUGACCGUCAUUCGAUCGGGACACUCGUGGGAAAGAAUGGAUGACGGGCAAUUCAAAGAUUACGAAAGAAGACUCAAAAGUCCGCUAUCCAUUGGCAUGGCUUACCUAGCGAAAAACCCGACACCGACUGGUUGCGCAUCACUUCGCUGGCUUUCAACGGUUGACUGUUCAGGUAAAAGUGUGCCCGAGGCCCAUGCUCUAGGAUAUUUUACGUCUUUCGAGCAAAUGGAAAAUUGGGCAGAGAGACAUCCCACGCAUGCUGCAAUCUUUAAUGCUGCUAUGCGACGUUAUAAGUCCUAUGGAUCGCAAAACCAGCUACGAACCUGGCACGAAGUGUACGUCGUUCCAGAGGGCUUCCAGACGUUUGAAUAUUUAAAUUGCGAUUCAACGACAGGCCUUCUGCCCUACUUCGCAGCAGAAAGAAUUCGAUAA